AUGGUUGAAGAAUCCAAGACCAUCGUGGUUGAAAACGUGGAAAAGAUCGUGAUCAUGAACGAUAGCAAGAGUCCAGCAAUCCCACCCGCAGAGCCUCGCCAGGACGACAAGAAACUUUUCUCAAAUGGAAAACCGCCGCCUCAAGGCGUCAAAUACCGCGUUGAGUAUCUCCACGCUGCUACCGAAAAGAUCGUGCAUUCCGUACACACCAACAGACUAGACUACGAGCUUGUCGAUGCUCAUGGUACGGUAUUUGAUAUUGUUACAACCUUUCUCACACCGGAAUCGGAAUUUAAAACAGACACCACCUCUUUCUCUCAGAGUGGCCCACUAGGAGUCGAGCAACCUAUGAAAAGGAUUGCACCAAUUGUUACUGAUACAAGACGAAAAAUUGAUAUGCAUAUUCAUUCUCAGGCAGUCAUCCACGCGCUAAGAUCUGUUGUUCGGUACUACCCAGGCCAGAGCUUAAUGGGCGAGACAGUUGUAAUCCCGGCCCCAUAUAUGAUAUUGGUUCAUCACGAGAAAGAACUCAACGAGUACAAGGAAAGAUGUCAUCCAUCGAAUCUCAAAGAUCCAAUCUGUCCCAGGGAAAGAGACGCCUUUCACGAUAUUAGUCUCGUGCAAGAAUUCUUGGAGCAGAGGAUUAUGCCGAAAGUCAGGCUCGAAAGGGAACGAAAUAUGAAGGGUCUGGAAACUUUCGAUAUGAUGUGGGUGCGUCAAAAGCCUGGGAGCUCAAUGAAAUAUAAAACCACCGACUCCUCGGAGUGGAGUACUGGGGUCAUUGAAUCUUUUCGGGACGGGAUCCAAGGGUUUGGAGGUGGGGCGUGGAAUGUGUCGCACUGGUGUCUUGAGUACAAUGGUAGUUGGAUAGGUACCACUAGCAGAUCCAUCACCGAUGAGCGUUUUGAGGGCGAGAGAAGUUGUAAGGAUACAGAGAUCUUGGAGGAUAAAGAAUUUGAAGAGCCGCUUGGAGAAAGGGUCAAGGAGCUGGUUGAGGAGGGAAGUAAAUGCUUUCGAUUGUUACGGAAGACCUGCCAGUAUUACAAAGGGAAAACAUACGACUUUCCUCACAAUCAGGUCGACGGUUUAGUAAUGGUAGAUAUGAAAAAAUAUUUCAACGAUGUCGAUUCCAAACUCGAUUCUUCAGGGUAUGGGAACAAGUCUACUAAGCCUUUCGUAUCGUGGUUUAGGCCAGAUCAAAAUUGGAUCACAGACUGUCCAUGCUCUGUGUGCGAACAACGAAAGGAAGCAGCAAAGAAAACGAAGAAAAUAGACAUUUUCGGAGAUUAUCAUGGUAUUACACCCGAGGAAAAGGAAGGUUUGGAUCCGCAUCGGUAUUUCCUACUUCCUCGGAAGUUAUGGGCGUUUGUGUUCAAAACACGGACUUGGGAACGACUGCAUGUGAAGACCUUUCGAGAUCCUACUUUUCAACAAAAUAUGAUUGACAACCUGGUCAUGGAUCCAAUUCGAAUCAACACCCUCAAGGCUCUUGCUGGAAGUUAUGUGCGUCAAAAUAUCCGCGGCGAUGAACUUAAAACCGACCCUUGGAAUGCGGAUUUUAUUCAGGGAAAAGGACAGGGACAGAUUAUUCUACUACACGGAAAACCGGGAGUUGGGAAGACUUGUACAGCUGAAUGCAUAGCAGAGUAUACCAAACGACCCCUAAUGAUCUUGACAUCCAGCGACAUCGGGGCCUCUCCCGAAAGAAUCGAAUCAAUCCUCAGCGAUGGCUUCAAAACAGCCAGUUCCUGGGGCGCGGUCCUCCUCAUCGACGAGGCAGACGUCUUCAUGGAACGCCGCUCCACCAACGAUCUCAACCGCAACGUCCUCGUUGCCGGCUUCCUUCGCGCUCUCGAAUUCUAUGACGGAAUCCUCUUCCUCACUACCAACCGCGUAGGCGCCUUCGACGACGCAUUCAUCUCCCGCAUCCACGUCAAACUCUACUACCCCGAGUUCACCGACUCGGAACGCCAACGCGUCUGGCAAACCUUCAUCGACAAACUCGCCCGUGAUCGUGGCCAGAGCAUCCGCGUCUCUAUCGAUGCGAAGGAAUUCAUCCGUGGCAAAGCCAUGCGCGAGGUUCGCUGGAAUGGCCGCGAGAUUAGAAAUGCAUUCCAAACUGCGGUGGCGCUAGCGGAAUAUGAGGAUGUGAGGGAUGAGGAAGGGAGAGUGGUGCUGACGGAUGGUCAUCUCAGGAGUAUUGUGGAUAUGUCGAGGAGCUUUAAGAGGUAUCUUGAUGAGACUCAUGGUGCGGAUGAAGAGAAGAGGGCUGCCAUGGAGGGGGGUAGGUUUGAUGAUCGUGGGGUUAGAGUGAGGGAGGAGAAGGGGGAGGGGAGGGAUUGGUGA